CAGGACUAACAAUUGCGUAUCUUUGCUCAGAGGUAAAAGUGGACGUGUAGACAUGGGAAUCCAGGGCGGGCCUUCCUAGCCAAUAGCAGGGCAUGGAGGAAGGUGAGGGAGGUGGCGACGCCCAGGACCCACCUGUCCGCCUCUGGGUACGACGGAUGGGUGUCUACUGUGAUGAGACCCAAGCAACAUGGCUGGUGGCACCAGAAGAGGAAGGAGGGACGCUGAAAGCCCGGAUCAGAAGAAUCCCUGUCCCCCUGGGUGAAGCCGUGCGCCCCAGCCGCCUUCCCGCUUCUCGGCUGCCCCACAUGUGGCAGCUCUCAGAGGGGCUGCGGUACCGGGAUAGUAACUCUCGCAUCUGGGGCAUUGAACACCACCUCAUGAUCAUGGGAGUGGAAGAGCUGCUGUUGAGACUCCUGACAAGCAAUUAGAUCUGGAGCUGCAACUGUAGGAUGGUGUCCUGU